GGCGGCUGCCGUCAAAAACUGUGGAAGUAGAAGUGAAUGCUGUUUGGUUAAUUUUGAACAAUUUGUAGUUUAUUCGACGAUGGCAGGCGUCCUAUUUGAAGAUAUAUUCAACGUUAAAGAUAUAGAUCCCGAGGGGAAGAAGUUCGACAGGGUGAGCCGUUUGCACUGCGAGAGCGAAUCCUUCAAGAUGGACCUGAUCCUGGACAUCAACUCCUGGCUAUAUCCGAUGGAGUUGGGUGACAAAUUCCGGCUCGUCCUGGCGACGACGCUCCGCGAAGACGGCUAUCCCGACAGCGGCGACUGGAACCCCCAGGGCUUGGAAACCGAGGGUUCGCGUGCUGAUAGCUUCGAAUACGUGAUGUCAGGGAAAGUUUACCGUAUUGAGGGUGACGAAGCCGCCAUGGAACCGUCGAGCAGACUAGCCGCCUAUGUGUCUUUCGGGGGACUCCUGAUGAGGCUACAAGGUGACGCCAACAACUUGCACAGCUUCGAAGUCGACCAGCACAUGUAUCUACUCAUGAAGAAGAUCUUUAUGUAAUUCCCCACAGAUAUUUUUAUGUAUUGUACAAGCGCAACUGCCAAAAAAAAGAUAAUAAAUUUUUUAUGAAA